AUGGCAACUCGGGAUUGUGAGGCUACCGUCACGUUACUUGACGUAGCUGUUCUUACACGGCUUCCCAUCGAGGGACAUGCCGUGUGCAUCGAUGCACGCCAGUUUGAAAGCUGGCAAGAUAAAGUCCAUAGAGUAUUAGGAGUGCGACCUCCGGCUGAGGUAACCAAAGGGAGUAGCCUGCGUGUAACAUGGCUUGCACAAAACUUCUCGCAACUCCCUGAAGGUGCUGAUGACGCCACCGUUGAGAGAUACGCUAGGGCGUAUCUCCUUUAUCUGAUUGGUGCUGUCUUGUUCUCCGACAAGACUGGCAACCGAGUACAACUAUUGUACUUGACGUUGCUUGAUGCGCCAUGGGAGGUCAUCUCCGGGUACAGCUGGGGUUCGGCAGCCCUAGCGUAUCUGUACAGGAGACUUUGUGAAGCUUCACAGAAGAACGUGAAGGAGAUCGCUGGUCCCCUGAUUAUUCUACAGCUUUGGGCAUGGGAGCAUGUUCUCAUUGGUCAACCGAUGAGGAGUGUGGGUCGUGGUGCAUUUGCGCCACCACUGCUUCCUCCCCCGCAUGUGCCAUAUGGAUCGCGGUGGUCCUUUGAAAGACGAUCAAGGACCCACACUGGAUCGGGCGUGGGGUUCUACCGCGAUCAGCUCGAUCUAUUACGUGCUGACCAGUUUCUAUGGGACCCUUACCCCGCUGAGGCAUACGCUGCAUUGCCUCAGCACUCGGGCAUAUUGUCAGGGGCGUGGAGAGCAUCUGUACCUCUGAUCUGCUUUGACAUGGUCGAAGGCAUCCCGCCUCCAUGCGACACAGAAGCGGAGCUCCACCACUCUCGCAAGGGUCGGGAUCCCAAGAACUGGCUAGAGGUGAACUGGCGGCAUGUCGCUCGUUGGGAGCACAGGCUAGAUCUGCUUGCCCAAGUAUCACACGUUUAUUAUGAGUGA